GCUGCGAGCUUUUCAUGAUCCUCUAAUGUAAAAGAUUGGUCUCACAGAUAGCACCAAAUUUCUGAAGGAUUGCGAGCAAGGACCCCUGUAGCAACGAUUUGUGAUUUGUUUUGACAAGAGUGCUCUUUACCCAGAUUUUGGUAUUAGCCUUCUCCCAUGGGAGUUAUCUUUGAUGAGCCUAAAUAUCCAGUGAUAGACAAGGCUCCAGGAUUUUGGAAGACAGUGAGCAACUUCAGUCUUGGGGACAUCGCCAUAUUCGGGGGCACAGCAGCAAUCUGCGGGCCCUUGGGCUACUAUGUAGGCACCCCUGCCGUCAUUCGCGUACCCUCCAUGUGGGCAGGGUUGACAUUGGGAGCCACAGCAGGAUUUAUGAUGGCAUACCAGAAUUCUUCUGGACGAUUGAUGGGCCUAAACCCCAAUGACCGAGAAGUCGAAGUGAACCUCACAAAGAAGAGCUGAGAUGUCUUUCAAUGAAGACUGGUGCAAUUGCAAGGAUAUUUUUUGGCAUGUUAUGUGGACCGGUUCGAUCUUCACAUGUGAAAUGGGGAAUCGACCAGCAUGCAAGGCUUAGGCUGCUCAGGCUGAGUCCAGCUAGGCAUGAGCAGCAGUCAAGGACCUAUAAGAAAUUGGGACGACUAGAGAGAAUUUGUGAGGUUAUAUCUGGGUCCUUUGCUUGGUCACGACACCUCAGAGAAGUAGAAGUCUGAGCAGGCUGUGCUCUGCGUAAAAAGAUAUCCUCCUGGAAUGGCUGAUGAGGGAAAUUUAUCCUUGAUACCAACACUAUGCUUUAAGAAGGUAUCCAAACUGUAAUAUGCAAGGGUUACUU